ACCAUGCACCUUCUCUUUACUUUCUCCCUAUAUAUCCCUCCCUCACUUUAUAAACAAACAAACAAACAAAAACAUCAUUUGAUUUCAAGUGUUUUUCUUUCUCAUCUCUUGAUUAUAUAUUAUGGGUAUUGAUGUGUUUGAUGAAGAGUGUGAUUAUCUUUUCAAAGCAGUAGUAAUAGGAGAUUCUGGAGUUGGGAAAUCGAAUCUAAUUUCAAGGUUUACAAAAGAUGAAUUUAGAAUUGAUUCAAAGCCAACCAUAGGUGUUGAAUUUGGUUACAAGAACAUCAAGGUUAGAGAUAAACUCAUCAAAGCACAAAUAUGGGACACUGCUGGUCAAGAGAGGUUUAGAGCUAUCACAAGCUCAUACUAUAGAGGAGCAUUGGGAGCAAUGCUAGUUUAUGACAUAACAAGAUUAUCAACAUUUGUCAACAUAAAAAAAUGGUUACAUGAGCUAAGAGAAUUCGGAAAUGAAGACAUGGUGAUAAUUCUAGUAGCGAAUAAAUCCGAUUUGAGUCAUUCAAGGGAAGUUGAGGAAGAAGAAGGAAAAAUGCUUGCAGAAAAAGAAGGUUUAUGUUUCAUGGAAACCUCUGCUUUACAAAAUUUGAAUGUUGAGGAAGCAUUUUUACAAAUGAUUACUAUAAUACAUGAUAUCAUAAGCCAAAAAAGUUUGGAAGAUAAAAUGAAUGUGCCAAAGUUGAAUCUUCAUAAUGGGAAGGAAAUUCAUAUAGCUGAUGAAGUUUCUGCUACUAAACAAGUCAAUUGUUGUUCAAGAUGAGAAUUUGGAUCAUUAUUUUUCUAUAUUCUGUAAAUAUAUUACUUAGAUUGUUAUAUAUUGAUGGUUACUAUUGUAUUUUCUAAAUAUAUGUUUAUAAGCAGGGACAAUCUUCACCUUACAAGUCGAUUUUAUAGAAUUGAGUUAGGCUCAAUCCACAUUUGUAGAAUUGAGUUAGUCUCGAUUCACAUUCUAAGAUGAUAUCAGAGUCUCGUUUAAAAU